AUGUCGGUGCUCGCUGCGAUGCAGUUGCUGCAGCCGGCGGAGCCGUUUCCUCCGCGGCGCCCGGUGCGGAGGGGAUUGGAGGGUCCGGCGGUGGGGGAUUGGUUUCGGGCACUUCCGCCAUUGUGGUCACAGUGGCAGUGGCGUGUGGCAGUGGCGGAGUGCGCAGAUAAGGGAGACGGGGAGUUUUCUGGUGCGGUAGGGUGCAAGGGUACAAUUACCUCUAAGAUUUUGCGCCGUUGGAUAGUUAUUACGCGGUUUUUGGUCCUUGGACUUUUGAGCAGAGUAGUUAAUUGCAGGCACGUAGAUUGGUAUCUUGCUGUGUGGCACCAUGGUGCCAGCAUUCCUGCAGCUGUUGUGGCCACUACUGUCAACAGUUUAGCUGGGAAAGAGUGUGUAUUGCAUCCUAUACUCAUUUUAUUUCUGAUCAUCACCAAUACCUACAAAGAAUGGGGAUUUGCUGCUGGAUAUGAACUCAAUUGGUGCAAUAUUAAUGAUAGGCUAUCAUUCUUUUACCUGAAAAUUUUGGACCCCUCCCACAACCAAGGGCAGAAAAUAAUGGGAGGGGAUGAAUCAAAUGAAGAUGAAGAAAUAAUAUUUGAGCGGCUCCAGGUUUUGUAUAUGAAAGAAUUGGAUGAACUGAAGUGGUUUUACCCUGGCAAUAAUUUCACUUUACGUUUUCCAUCCUUGGAGGAAGUGUUCGUCAUCAACUGCGACUCCAUGAAAACUUUCAGUGCAGUCAACAAAAUAGAUCAUUCCACAAAAUGGUAUUCUGAAGAAGACGCAACACCUCAACAGGAAUCUGAUCUUAAUUCUGCUUUGCGCAGGACGUUUGAAGAAAAGACUCCAGAUUCAAGUGCCGUCAUUUGUGUUCUUCAAACUUCAGAUACUGAUGAAGAUAGUAAACAUGGCGGUGAUUAG